AUGUCAAAUUUCGAGUUGAUGGAACCGAUGCUCAACUACCCACGGGUGUUCCCCGCCGAAGAAUGUGGUCUCACAUCACUCAGUAAUGCCAUGAACUCCCGGCGUCCUCCCUUCUCCCCGAAAAGCCGUAUUCCUGGAAAUGGCGGCGCCGGUGCUGUUGGCAGCAGUUUUGGCGAUUCCUUUAAUUCCUGCUUUUUGCCCGGGGGCUCCACCCUGUACUCUGGGAUGCGCAACGACGUACCAGUCAGUCUGCUCUCCUCAAACUCUCCACUCUCCGCCACCACGGACAGUGUCGCCUCGCCCUUUCUCCUGCCCGGAGACUCCACUCUUCCGAUUCUCCGACCCAUCAACUUGAGACCCUCCUUAUCUACGUAA